AUGUCUACUAUGACCACAAGAUAUUGGUGUCUGUUCACUUGCCUAGGGAUCUUCUUCACUGAAAUUUCAUCCCAAGAUUGUAACCAACUUCACAGCAGGCUACAUGAAGCCAACUUGGGCAACUUGAAUCUCCUAACAAGAAAUAUAGGAUCAACCAUUCCCCAACAAUGUAUCAGGGACAUCAUAGAUUCCUCACUCUAUACCAGUGAAGAAAAUCUAAUGAAUAUGGUAAACAAAUUACAGGGGGAGAAUGCCAAGGUAGCUAUUAAAGAACUUCUCCAACAGAUAGACCUCAUCUUCAAGGAAAGCCAUAGUGAAUUAGUUUGGGAUAAGAACUCACUAAGAGAAUUCCACAUUGGACUGGAUCAAGAAGUAAGGAAGAUAGAAACUUGCUGGAAUACUGAGGUGGAACAUGGCAUCAGAUCUCCAAGAGGUCAGAAACGGCAGUUCACCAGGCUGAGAGUGAAAAGAUAUUUUCAGAGGCUCAGAGACUUCUUGAAAAACAAAGAGUACAAUCUGUGUGCCUGGAAGGUUAUCCAGAUCCAAAUCAGAGAAUGUUUUGAGUGGAUUAACCAACUCAAUCAAAAAAUUCCACGUGAAGGUUGA